UAUAGCAUGCUAUCGCAGCUCUGAUUCAAAUGUCUUCCAGGGUCAAAUACAAGGAAUAAGGAGGGGAGACUUGAAUGGGUGGUGUUAGAUAAAUCUGACGAAAGAGUAUUUCCUGUGCAAAAGAGCUGAAGAACACACAUCUGGAGGAGGGGCUAGCUGACAAGGGAGAGUUCCUAACAGAAAAGACCGUGCUAGCAGCAGACUCAGCCGACUCCAACUUCAGCACCAUGAACACUUCAUUAGCAAGACUCCACUUUGCAGGUGGCUAUCAGCCCUCUGACUCCAAGGACUGGAGAUCCAUCAUUCCUGCUUUCUUGGUGGCAAUCUGUUUAGUAGGCUUUGCAGGGAACCUGUGUGUGAUUGGCAUCCUCCUACAUGGUGCUUGGAAAGGAAAAUCAUCCAUGAUCAACUCCCUGAUUUUAAAUCUCAGCCUAGCUGAUCUCUUUCUUCUGCUAUUCUCUGCACCCCUGCGGGCAGCAGCAUAUUCCAAAGGUGUUUGGGAUAUGGGAUGGUUUGUCUGCAAAUCUUCUGACUGGUUCACACACACGUGCAUGGCAGCCAAGAGUCUGACAAUUGUUGUGGUAGCAAAGGCAUGCUAUAUGUAUGUAAGCAACCCAGCCAAGCAAGUAAAUAUCAACAACUGCACGAUCUGGACAGUGCUGCUUGUCAUCUGGGCCACGGCCUGCCUCUUACCCUUGCCCGAAUGGUUCUUUAGUACCCUUAGGUACCACGAAGGUGUGGAGAUGUGCAUUAUGGAAGUACCAGCCCUGGCCCAGGAAUUCACUUCUACAUUCGGUAAGCUCUACCCUCUCCUUGUAUUUUUCCUCCCUUUGCUCUUCGCUGGGAUGUAUUUUUGGAAGUCUUAUUGCCGGUACCAACGCAGAGGAACCAAGACUCAAAACCUAAGAAACCAGAUCCGAUCUAGGCGACUCACAAUGAUGUUGUUAAGUGUUGCUAUAACCUCUGCCAUCAUGUGGCUACCAGAAUGGAUAGCUUGGCUGUGGGUAUGGCAUCUAAAGACAGGAAGCCCCAUUCCACCUCAAGGUUUCGUAGCCUUAUCUCAGGUCCUUAUGUUUUCCAUCUCGUCUGCAAACCCCUUUAUUUUUUUAGUGAUGUCUGAGGAAUUCAAAGGUUUCAAAGAUUUCUGGAAAUGGCUGACAUCAAAAAAGCCUCUACCUGACCCAGACACUCAAGAAACACCAGCCGGUAACUCACAGGUCAUUUCAGAUAAUGUCCCAUCUCAAGAGCCCCUGCCAUCUGUAUCAGACAAAGAGAAGGCUGGAUCUUCCCUGUCUGGUGAGGAGAAAACAGACAAGGAGAUUCCUGUCCUACCCGAUGUGGAACAGUUUUGGCAUGAAAGGGACACAGUCCCUUCUGAGCAAGACAAUGAUCCUACCCCCUGGGAACAUGAUGAUUCUGGGAUAGCAGGUUGUAGUAAAUGAGAUUACAAGUUCCAAAGCCAAAUAAACUGUGUAUUUAUUGUAUUUGUUAUACUGUUGCUUACCAAUAUUGCUCAAGAUUUUACUAGGUAAAAAUAUGGUAAUGCUAUCUUUGCUCUUGGUUGUGCUCAAGAAACAUCUUACUGUCAAAGCUUUCAAAAUCAUAUUUCUAAUAAGUAGGAAUACCCUUACAUUAGGAUAAAUACUUAUGAUGCUUAGAUUACUUGAAAUAAAAUUUUCAAGUAUAACCUGCAACCUUGUGUAUCUUAAGCUGUUUUUCCCCUUAGAGGUUAGAGUUUACACUAUGCCAUUUACCUGUUCUCUCCCUUGUUAAUACAUGGAACUGACAGGAGAGCUGGUUGGAGAACAGAACAAAAUCUGUGGCUACAUAAAAGUGGCUCUCCACACAAAACUGUGGUCCUGUUGUCAUGGACCUGAACCCAUUACUCUGUCCUCCUUAGCACUAAGGAGGCCAAUCCACUAAAUAAUUUUGAAAUAUUUAUGGUUUCAAAUUAAUUUAUACUUUAUACAAUCAGAAUGCAAAAUACAACCUUAACAGAUUCAGAAUUCAGUUGUUUUCAAAGCAUAAACAAACAAGUUUUAUUUGAUUCUGGCAAAUUCAACUAACCAGCUGCCUACAAGAAAGUUAGAUACUAGGAAAUUACUUGACAUUUUUCCUAGUGUUCAUGCUGAUUUGAAUCACUCAUGUAAUUUGGCAUUUUGUUGUUCUUUCUUUUUAGGAAAAUACAGGACUAUUGCAUGGCUCUCCUUAUAGGUAUCACUCCUACCCACUUCACCAAACUUAAUACUUGAAAACCCUCUAGAUUUAAAGCUUAAGAUUUAAGUCACUCAGCUGAGAUAUGUAAAGUGCUUUGCAUCUUUAAAGUGCUAUAAAAAUGCUAUUAUUAUUAUUACUGCUAGAAAAACAGGAUAUAGUUCGUAUUCUACCAGUUAAAGACUUUGAAAGUAUCUCCUAACAUUCUCUACUCUUAUCUCAGGACCUCUCCUAGAAUUGAAGGUAUGGUUACUGUUACAGUAGUUACCGGGGUGGAAAAGUUUAUUUUUCCCAGUCUGAAGACUGUCUUCUCAAAAUGCAUGAUUAUAAAACUAGGGCUCAAACUUAACCCAUGAUAUUGAAUCUGCUCACUUUAACAUCUAAAACAACAGUUUCUCCAAAUGACAGCAGUGGUGGGUGUGUAACAGAGAAGAGAAGAAAUACAGAUAGGCAGAGAACUUGGUUUAAUAAAGGGACAGAAACUGAAAAAUACAAUGACAGUGAAGGAAAAAAAGGCAAGAAAACAGAAAAUAUUGGAAAAGAAACCCCAAUACUUAUCAGACUUUUCUGUCCCCAUAAAGAUAUAUAGGAAAAUACCAGUAUUAGGCACCUUACCAGUCCAGAACUUUAUAACUGAUUAAAUAUUAUGUCCCACGUGCAUGGUAAUUAUACAUGUAUCACUUUUCCUACAACGCAUAAAGCAUCUAUUGGGACCAGUUACCUUUAUUCCCAGAAUUCUAAUGGGGUCUCUAAGUAUAUUUCCAUUGUAGGGCUCCCUCAGAAAUGCCUUAGGGCAAAAAAGAGAGGACAGAGGGAGAACAGAGAAAUUAAAGCAUGUAGGAGGACACUGUGGAGAGAAAAGAAGCAUUUUUUUAAAUAAGUGAAAAUUGUGGGGUUUCUUAUACUAUAGAUGCUUAAGUGAAGUAGAGGGGUUUUAUAUUUACCCCCAACUUAUAACCGAGUCAUUAAAAAAUUCACUAUGCUCGUGGGGCCACAGAAAUGUAACUCACAGCUGUACUACUUUCCCCAAGAGCCCAAAAACCUGUUUAGUGAUGCACGUAUCUUACAGAUUAGGUAACUUUCAAUGCUUUAUUACAAAUUGUAUUAAUUUGUGUUUUAUGUUCUCAAUGUAUCUUAAAUAUGGAAUCUAAGAUGACAUUACUGUUGCUCAUUUUUACUUGUGAACAAAUAAAAAACAUGCCACACUGCAUCUAUUCAAUUUUAUCUCAGCAGAUAUGUGUUUCCAAAUCUCUUAUUCUCAUAUUGUCAAAUAAAAACUGUUAUUUGGCAAAAACGGGUUUAUUUAUUAUUUGGCUUUCAGGCAGGGCUGACCCUGUCUCUAACACGAAAAAUUCUCAAGAGGAAUUUAAAUUAUAUAUUCAGUCUUGUCAAAAUACAGAGUUUGCUAUCUAAACAUCAUUUCAAGUUGCACACGUAAGAAGGAUAACUGACUACUUGUUGUAAAGCAUCAUAUAUACAGUCCUAGCUUUGAUAUCCCAUGCUUCAGUUCUGAUACCUUACAAAAAAGGAACCUGGGCUUUGGAGCUUUUGCAAUAAUAUAUACGAAUUCCCAAUCUACACAAAUAACCCUUCCAAUAUUUCAAGACAUAAUUACUUAAAUGUCAGCAAUCCCAUUUGUAUGAAAAAUGUCACUGUGAAAUAGGAGGAAGGCAAUGACUGAGCAAACAGCAAUUUGUAGAAUUCAAAGUUGUGACAAAAAUGUUUAGAUAGUCUAGUAACUCAAAAAAAAAAUCUUUCUAGGACAGUUAAGUAUUGUCUAUAAUAGCACAGAAAUUCCUCCAGUUUUGAAAAUGGUCCCUUUAACUCCUCCUCAUAAUACUCAACGUUACUCAACGGAUUUGCAGAAGUGAACUGCAAAAUAUAGGGGGGAAAAAAACAUCCUAGUUAAACACCAUCAAAUUUAUGGAGUUUCCGCUUGGUCUGAUACAGUUGAUACGUACAAUUACACAUACAUCUGUGUGCAUCUAAAUAUUAUACCUAGAUAUAAUUCAAUAUUCAACAAACACUCAUUAAGCACAAGGCAUUAGGGAAGGUAACGUGUGCAUACAUAUACAUACACACACACAUAAACAUACAUGUACAAAUCUAGAUCUGGCACAUUUUACUUUAAAGGGGGCUUUGGGGAGAGUAGUAACGAUGGUGAAAUAACAAGGGAAACCAAAUCAACACCUUGUUCAAUAUACCAUUUAUAGAAAUGUAACAUCCUGUGAUACUCCCCCCUCACCUACCCAAAAGGAAACAAUGGAGAAGAGACUGUUUUAGAUGGGACAACAGAACCAAAAAGUGAUGGGGAGUCAAAAGAGUGAUAGUAUCACAGAAAUAUGCAUGAUACACUGAAAGAACUGCCAUGAAAUGCAUAAAGCAUCAAUUAAAAUAAGAAAGGCAAAAAUGUCAUUUUUUGCUUACUAUGUAAGACUUUCAAGAAAGAUGAGCUGAAGGAAGUGAACACAA